AUGAAAAUCUUGUGCCAGUUAUUUUUCUUCGUUUUGUGUAUAAAUGUAGUUGUUUUGCAAGGGCCUGGAUCGGGACAAAAUGGAAACUUACGUCUGUGUAUAGUGGAAGGUCGGGGCCCGUACAAACGUGGCGCCAAGUACUGUCCAGUACUGGACGAGGAGAAUUCCGGGAUCGAAUGCGUCCUGGGCACUGACAGACUGGACUGCCUCCGACGUAUCAGCAAAGGGACUGUGGACUUCGGCGUCUUCAGUCCCGAGGACCUGAUAGCGGCACAGUGGGCCAAUAUCGAUGUACUUGUGACCAAUGAGUUGAGAGACAGAAACAAAGACUUCGAGCGCAGUGUGGUCGCGGUAGUAAACAAGAGGAUAUUGCCGGACAGCGCCGCACCGCUGACCUCCAUACUUCGAAACAGCUCGCUGUGCCAUCCCGGUGUUGGUGCCGAUGACCUGCGACCUCUCAGUGACACACUUACAGGGUACCUGGAGUCAUUGGUGAUCACCAGGUCCUGCGAUCCGAAGCUGUCCCUCUCGGAAAACAGGAUCAAAGCGGUUGCAGAGUUCUUUGGCAGAGCUUGCAAGGCUGGUCCUUGGGUGCCGGACCUAGCUCGAGAUGCAGAGUUGAAACGGAAGUAUCCGUCCCUUUGUGAAGCCUGUCGGUCCACGUGCUCAAAGACCGACCGGUACUGGGGUGACGGAGGAGCCCUACAUUGUCUAGCUGAAGGCGCUGGUGACGUCAUGUGGUCGGAGCUGGCUGACGUCGUCGCUUACUUCGGGUUGAAUAUGCCACCAUCAGUCUCCUCGAUAUCGACCGACCACUUGGCGUACCUCUGUCGUGACGGCAGCUGGCAGCCGCUGGCGAACAACACGCAGCCGUGCGUGUGGCUCAACAGGCCCUGGCCAGUUAUUGUUGCCAAAAGAAAGGCAGCUGCAGCAGUAAGCGCUCUAGCAAGCUCUAUAUCAAGUAAUGCAGCAGCUGAGGACCCACAUUGGCGCGGAGCCUUAGCAGCGUUAUUAGAACUCCGUGCAGCGCCGAAAGCGCUGAGACCCUCACGGGUGCCAUUGGAUCACCUAGCGGCAGCAAAGGGCUUUAGAGAGGCCUAUAGCCAGAGCGGUUGCGAUCCGCCAAGGCAUAUAACUCUCUGCACAACAUCUCCGAUAGAGAAAAACAAAUGUGAAUGGCUGAGCGAGGCCGGAGCAGUAUAUGGUAUUACUCCACCUCUACAAUGCACUAUUAGAGAGAGCACGCGCGAUUGCAUGGCCAGCGUGAGAAAGGGAGACAGCGAUGUUGUGGUCGUCGACAGUGACUGGCUUGUAGUGGGAAUGAGAGACUACUCCCUCGUUCCGAUCCUGCACGAGGCCACACCGAUCGUGGAGAAAACUAGGACAGUCGUAGCUUAUGUGAGGAAAGACGCCAUGAUAAAGAAAAUUUCAGAAUUGCGCGGCAAACGGGCCGCAUUCCCGCGUUUCGAUGGCGUCGCAUGGCAUUCCGUUUCACAGUACUUUGCCAACAAACUAAACGUUCCUUGUGAACAUUUUAUUAAUUAUUUUAGUGAGAUUUGUGCGCCAGGUAUCGAACAAUAUAAUUUGACCACGGAAAUUGUGGACAAAUUAACGAAGAACUGUGUAAAGGACGAAGAAAACUUGAAUGGAGAAUUAAAGGCGUUACGAUCUUUGGUUGAAGGGAAAAGUGACGUCGCUUUCUUUAGUAUGAAUACGUACAAUAAAUAUAAAGCUAACAUCAUCCACCUACCCUGGGCGCAAGAAAUAAUAGAAAUAAAACCCAUAUGUCCGGAAGAGAAUAUAAAAUACUGUUUCAUCAGUUGGUCCAACAUUGGCCAUGUUUUCGCCUCUAACAAAAACUCAAAUAUGAGACGGCAAGAGAUUAUAAAUGUAUUCACAAAACUUGACCAACUGUUUGGCAAACACCAGCCGUUCCACAGCGCGAUGUUCUCCAUGUACGGACUAUUUAAUCAUCAAAUGGACGUUUUAUUUCACAACAAUACAAAAAGUUUAGCUUCUGACACCAUGCUCAAAAUGCAUCCUUAUGAUAAAAUUCCUCUUAACUUCGAACGCACCUUGACAGGAGUUAAAAAUAACACCUGUCAAAUCGCGGAUCUCAGUCCUGAUUCUGGUUUUAAAACUGUACCGACCUUUAUACUAUGUUUUGUAUCUCUAGUCGUUUGUUUGUUAACUAGAUAA